CACCAUCAUGAACGAAGCAGUGCAAAGGCUUACGGUGAGUGAUUUCCAUGCUUUCCUUUGUCAAGUGAACAUUCUUUUGCUGGAUUAAUCUUUAUCUCGUUGUCUGUUCGACCUUGAGUCCUUACCAAUAUUAUAUAUAUAUAUAUGAUAUCAAACUAAAGAAUAGGGCAAUUAUUUUUCACCUUCUCUUCCUAGCUAUUAGGUGGUUAUUAUAUCUUCUUCUUUAUAUUGGUUUUGUUUUCUUAAUGUAGGGAGAUCUUUCUUAAGGUUUGAACUGGUUUCUUAAUAUUUUUUCUUCCAUGUAUAUAUAAUAAUUUUUCUUUAAAUAGUACACUUACAAGUUUUAAGAUUGAUAAUUUAAUGGAAUCGAUCAAAUGAUAUCUAUAUAAUUAUAUAUCUCACUUUACAGGGAAAGAUUGGACACAAAAAAAUAUACAAGUUUUCCGUAAAAAUGAAUAAAACAAAUAACAAUAGGUACAAAAGCUUUUAACGUGCGAGGUGAAGAAAUACUAAAAAAAUUCUUAAGUACUUCAAAUCUUUACCCUUAUUCUUUUUGUUAAAUUAUUAAGGGUUGCACCAUCAUGUCUAUAAUAAUUCUCAAGGUCGGACAAGCAGCGAAAUUGAGUUUCUUGCAAGAAUUGUUUGCUGUACAAGGUUUAGCACGAAAAUCUACAAUUCUCAUCAUCGAUGAUCGAUCUAGCCAAUAUAUGUUGCGUUAUCUUCUUUAUGAUAUCUUUCACGGGAUGCAAUCCUGUUCGAGCUGGGAACAUUCACAUCAUGGGAUGUUGCAUCAUCGGGAACCUUCAAGUAGAUGCUUGCUGGCAAAAGGGAAUCAAGAAAACCAUCCGAUUUCCCGAUGCUUGUGCAUAUUAAAGAAAUCCCUGUGCUCAGAUUAUUUACAACAUGGUCACAUUAAGACUCUGAAAGCCACAUGCAGGAGACGUGGAGGAUGGUGGACAUCGGAUCCAGAUUUGGACAAAUUACAGGUGUGAGAGGGCCAUUUGAUGGAUUUAAACAUGGCAUGCCAGGAUGUGAUGUAACCCUAAAAUUCUG